AGAACAAAGGGAGAGAAGAUGCACUCUCUAAAGACUAGUUGCGUUGGGCAAGUAUUUGCUCUAGCUAAGCCUCACGACUCUGUAGGAAAGAGAACUCGUAAUCGUAUCCCCAAAGAGGAGAGAAAGACUCUGGUCGAAUCUUUCAUUAAAAAGCAUCAAAGCUUAAACAAUGAGAGGUUUCCUUCACUUAGCCUCACACACAAGGAGGUUGGUGGGUCUUUCUACACCAUUAGGGAGAUUGUCAGAGAGAUUAUCCAAGAAAAUAGAGUCCUUGGUACUACUGACUUGAUUCUUCAAGGCAAGGGCGAUGACGACCGUUCGCAAGAUCAAACUCUGUCAAGUUCUUUACUGAUGGAUCCUGUGCCUCCUUUAUCUUUGUCCCCAGUGGGAUUCCAUUCUCCAUCAGGUCAAAGUCAUAAUGUCUCUAAAGAAAACGGAGGAUCUGAUGUAUUGAAGGACAGGGAAGUGAACGCGUAUCAACUUUCUGAAGAUGGCAUAGGGCUGCUCACACACGAGCUAGUGGGCUCUAAUGACAUAUCCAGGGCUCAGUUUGCAGGAUCCUGCAGUGAAGAGAAUGAUGCCAAGCUGCAUGAUAGAAUGCAGACAGUAUGUGACAGUUUUGUCUCCAAACCUCAGGAUGAAGAACUCGAGGUGGAGAAGGAAGACAUAGCAUAUGAGGAAACACCUUUCAUUGAAUCAAAUGGCACAAAACUUGUCAACAAUGACGAUACAGUGAAUGAUGAUGAAGCAGCUUUGACCGAAAGGGUUAGCAUGACAAAGAAUACAUUAGGCACAAUUGGUUUGCCAGCAGAAGCAGUUGUUGUUGAGACAUUUCCAAUAACAUCUGCGACUUCUUUAACAAUGGAUGCACAGCCUAGUGAGGUGGCUAGAGUCUGUGAGGUUGAGAAAGUAACUGAGGCAAAGGUGGAAAGUGAUAGCAGCACUGAAACUUCUGUUGAUCUUGGAGAUGUACCUGAAGAAGUAGAGACAGAAGUCAUUGGUGUUCAAAUGCCAAAUCAAAUCUCUGUCUCUACGGAAAAGAAAGUUGAAGAGAAAACUGUAAAUCCUGCUUCAGUAGAUGUUGAAUCUGCUGAUACUACAGGGACGACGGUGGCUGCUGAUGCUGUGAUUAGCAGCAUUCAUGAGACUAAGAACUUAAGUAAUGGAAGUUUGACAACUGAACGGACAACGCCAACAUCUGUCACUGAGUCUGGAAGUUUAAAGAAGGACACAGCUAGGAGUGAAGUCACAAGUGUGGAGAAGGCGACUGUUGGAAAAGGGAAACUCGAUGCUUCAGAUAGUUCCAGCUCUCAGAAAGGAAACAUUGCACCACUAAACAGAAUCAAACCUGAAUCGUGGAAAGGGCAGUAUAAUGUGGGAGGAGGACAUGAGACAAAUCCGCUUUUGGCAGCUCUGAAAUCUUUUUUGACAGCCUUUGUGAAGUUUUGGUCCGAGUGAUAAUAUACUAUUGUAGAGCUAUGGUUUUAGUAGCGAGAAAGUUGGUAAGGUUAAGAUGAUAUAUAUGGUUUGAAAUGUGUUGUGUUGAAUGUUAUGGGUUGAAUCAUAUGAAAUGUAGUUUAUUCAGAUUUUACAUUUCAAGGCACAACGAACCUAAAAAUAUCAUGAUGGGUUCCCAAUUCUAAAGAACAUGGAGUUUCAACCAAUCUUGGCCUACAUGCCAAGAGUGGGGUUCAAAAGCCUGGUCACAAGGUCAAUUUUCCUGAUGACCGUGAAGAAGGCAGCAAUGGUGAUCUUUUGGAGUAGCUAUCGAUGAACUUCUUGUAGCGACCAAAGUCAACGUGAAGCAGCAUAUCAAGAUCCUGGUGCCCAACUGCAGUGGUGAUCAACCAUUACAAGCUGAGACAUAGAAACAAUCUUGCUUUCUCUUUGCUUUGUCGUUUGUUUUGAUUGAUGAUGAUAAGAACACAUGGCACAGUUACAAGAGAGCAUGGAGUUGAGAGAAGACAUAAGGGACAGCUAUCCUUUCUAUCUAAAAGUGAAAUAAACUUAAUGCUUUCAUUUUUCUUUUUCAACUUAGAAUGAUUACAAAGAUGAUAAGAUACUAUGCUCUAAAUGUUUGCAUUACAAACUCCUCAACAC